GAAAAAUAAGAGGAGAGAAGAGAAGGAAAGAGAAAAUGACAGAAGGAAGGAAAGAAGGAAGGAGAAAAAUGAGAAGAGGGGAGGAGAGAAGGAAGAAAAGAGAAAAAUGAGAGGAGAGAAGGAAAGAGAAAAUGAGAGAAGGAAGGAAGGAAGGAAGGAAGGAGGGGAGAUAUUUUUCUGCUUCUAUUUAGAUUUUAUUUCUUCAUCAGCUCCCAAUUCUUUGGAGGGCAAAACCAUCCAGCGACGAUGGAACUGAUAUUUCUCAGAAUAGCCUCUCUCCCGACUUUUGAAAUUGGUAUUUGUAAAAAAAUAAUAAUAAUAAUAACACUAUCAAUUAAUCAGCCAAACAAUCCGUUUAUUGUUUUGACCACCAGUUGUAGCAAAGAAGAUACUCUACCUAAAAGAAUCCAAACGUACGCUCAAACCUGUAAAACUCAAAACUUGUGAUGACAGCAGCUUCAAAUGUCAGGAGCUUUUGAUAAGACCUCUGUUGUGUUUAACUUUCCUAUCAAGGGGCCCCAGGAAUUUUCACCUGCUGAAAAUAGGGCUGUCCAAUGUUGUUGUUGUUAGUUACGAAGUCAUAUCCGACCUAUUGUGACAACGUUCCUCCAGGCCUUCCUGUCCUCUCCCAUCCUCUGGAGUCCAUUAAAGCUCACGCCGACUGCUUCAGUGACUCCAUCCAGCCACCUCAUUCUCUGCCGUCCCCUUCUUCUUUUGCCCUCUAUCAUUCCCAGCAUUCGGCUCUUCUCCAGGGAGUCCUUCCUUUUCAUUAGGUGGCCAAAGUAUUUGAGUUUCCUCUUCAGGGUCUUUCUGGCCUUCUCAAGAGCAGUCAGGGUUGAUCUCCUCUAGGACUGACCGGUUGGAUCGCCUUGCAGUCCAAGGGACUUGCAGGAAUCUUCUCCAGCACCAGAGUCCAAAGGCCUCCAUUCUUUGGCGCUCAGCCUUCCUUACAGUCCAACUUUCCCAACCAUACAUUGCAACUGGGAAAACCUUGACUAUACGCACUUUUGUUGGCAGGGUGAUGUCUCUGCUUUUUAGCAAGCUGUCUAGCUUUGCCAUGGCUUUCCUCCCCAGGAGCAAGCGUCUUGAUAGGUUACGCUAUAAUUUAUCUUUUUUCCAUAGGCAGGAAAAACAGGAAGAAGUUGUGAAGAAUUUUAAGGAGCUGUUCUUUCAGCACUUAUGGAAGGUCGCAGAUAUUCUGGCUAUCUAGCCGAUGAUGAGAGCUUCAGAAGACCUCAGGAUGCCAGUGCCCACACCAGUCCAAGAAGAGAGCCCUGCGACUGGAGGGCCAUGCUUCGGCCUCCGUCGCGCUGUCAGCACCGAACCCAACAGCCGGCCUCAUCCGCCAGUUGCUUCAACAGCUACUCCCAGGGGGACCAAGGGAAACGGAAACGCCCCCAAAGCAGCAGCAGCAGCAGCAGCACCAACGAGAGAACCAGCGACCUGGCCAACGAGUUUUCCGAAUUCGUGGACUUCUUAGCUGACGAGGACGUCCUGCAGAGCCUUCAGCAGAUCGUGGAAGACGCCGUCCAGAAGCUCCGCGACGUGACGUCCCAAAGCGGGGAGCCCCUCUUUGACCUCCAGGAAGAAUCCGCCUCCAGCGUUGAGAGCGAGACGUGGUCGUAUUCCUACAGUUCGACGUGUUCCCAGAUCAAAUACCAAACCACGACCACCAUGUCCACCAUGUCCAGCUCGGACGAUGACCAGGAAAAGCACUUUAUGAGUCCGGAGUCGUCGAAGACGGGAGGCAAAAUUUGCCUCUUGGAUAAAUACGUCUCCAGGCUCCCCAAAGUUGGAAAGCAAGCUGGUCAGGAACUGUCAGGAGGAAUCCAUGCUGAGUCGUUUUCCGAACAGUCGGGAGAAAGUUACUUCCAACAACAACAUUUGCACAUCUGGGCUAAAUCGUUCGAGCAUCCCCGGAGGGAGUUUUUCGCCAAGUUCCAGAGAUCCUUUCCACAAGAUUCCUUGUCGUUUGAAUCGCUCCACAAGGAAAUCACCAGCGUUUUGAAACGGCCGAUGCGGCACGGCGCCCCCGCACAUUACAUGUGUCAUGAGCACUUGCACGCCUUCUUGGAAGAAACCAAAAUCUUGGCCGGACUCCAGGACGUCAUCAACCAAGCGGUUCUCAAAGUUUUGGAGGCCACCAUGUUGGGGGGGAUCCUGUCGGAUGACCACGGGUACCCUACGUCCUGGGAUUCCGAGGAGGAGGAAGAGGAAGAAGAGGAGUUCAGCAUUUCGGAGAGUUACGAAAGCGAAGAAUCCGAAGAAACCGAGGAACUCUUCGACGGGAUCUGCAAGAGGAAGGAGAAGAAGAAGAAGACGACGACAGUGGUCUCGGAGGAUGAGAAACCCGCUCUCCCCAAAACCAAACAGAAGCCCGCCACGCCGGAGGAAGCCGCACGCAAGCCCAAGUACGUCCCGCCGCCGCUCUCCAAAACGAAGGAAACCCCAACCAAGACAAGAUACGUCCCGCCUCCCCUCCCGAAGUCAAAGAAGAAACAAGAGCCAAGCCAGGCCGAAACGGAGACAACCAAAUCGACACGGCAUGCCAUCACUCCGAAAGACAUCAAACGGGCCCGUCUUCAGGGAAAACCCGUUCCGAAGCAGUCCAUCAUCGACUUCUUGAUCGAAAACGCCGCCAAGCUGAUCUUGUACAAGUACAACUACGAAACUCUCCUUUCCGAGAAACUGGGUUUCAUAUCGGUCCCGGUUACCAAGGUUCUUCUGGAGAUCAUGUUUGGCUACAAGAAAAUCAAGGGCAGCGGGAUACGCCUGUCUUCUCAGAUCGACUGGACCAAAGUCUACGACGAGGUCUACAAGAAGCGGCCCCCAAAACCCAAAGUGCCCAAACAGGAGAAGAAGAAGAAGAAAGGCGAUGAGAAGAAAGAGAAGAAAGCUGGGGAGAAGAAGAAAACGGACGAGAAGAAGAGCCUGUUCAUAAAACCGCUAGAUAUGCCCAAAGGAAAAGUGAUUGGCACGAAGGUGGCUGGAGAACAUGGCACCAAAAAAGCUUUAUCGGAGCAAGGGGAGCUGGAGAUCUUUGAGAUCGUCCCUCCCCAGUUCCCAUCCGAUGCCGAACCGGCCUCUGCCGAUGAAAAUAACGGCACCCAACCGACAAGCUCGAAGUUAUCUCCUUCCAGUACCGUGACGGGGGAUCAGCCAAAGAAAUCGGGAAUUCAGGAUUUGGAGAAAACGCCUUCGUCUCUUGGUACUCCAAAGCAUUCGUUCUCCAACCGAAAAGUUACCCCUGCCGUUCUGUUACCAGAGGUGGACCCCACCAGUCAGGGUUCCGAAGUUCAGGGGAAGAAAACUCCGAGGUCUAGCUUCACUGGAGAAGGGAGCAAAACCGUGCUUCCUAAAAUCUGAAGCUCAGCUUCUUGUCUCAUAAAUAAAGGAAUAUACAUUUCUCUACGGCCCUGUGAACGUCAGAUCAGUGCCUUCCCCUCCAACCGAAUCUAACCGGUAUCUCUUCCGCAAGAUGAGCACAGCUUGUUGAACUUUCCGAAAUUGUUUUUUGUUUGUUUUUUAAUUCAUGAAACGUUUAGUUUUAUUCUUCAGAAUCUAUCCUCUCUUCCAUCUGGUUAGAGAUGUCUUUGAGUUUUGCCUACUUUAAAAAAAAACAAAAACAUUAAAAAGCCUUUUU